UCACUUAUGAUCAAGCUGUGACAUUGAGUAGGGGUAAGACGGUGCCAAAGCGUAAUAGUAUAAAUCUGUAUGAAAUGUCACUUGCUACUUCUCACUUUCCUGGAACGUACUUCAAAGCCUUGUAAGCUAUAGCUCCUGAAAAAACAUUUAGUUCAUUUUUUUAACCCCCACCUUUUAUUAAAUGGACAUAAAAGUCCUAUCCUCCGGUGUCCGCCACUCAAACUUGCCGGAAAGUUAUGUCAGACCAGAAUCAGAGCGGCCCCGGCUGUCUGAAGUGUCUGACUGUGAAAACCUUCCGAUUAUCGAUUUGAGUCUUCAAGAUAGACAGCUUGUUGCGCAGCAGAUUGGUGAUGCCUGCAAGAACUAUGGCUUUUUCCAGGUUACCAAUCAUGGGGUUUCAACCGAAGCUGUGGAGAAAAUGAUGUGUGUAGCUCGUGAGUUUUUUGAGCUUCCUGUGGAGGAGAAGAUGAAACUAUACUCAGAUGAUCCAUCAAAGACUAUGAGACUGUCCACGAGUUUUAAUGUUAACAAAGAGACCGUGCAUAAUUGGAGAGACUAUCUUAGACUUCAUUGUUAUCCCCUUGACAAGUAUGUGCCCGAAUGGCCCUCUAAUCCCUCUUCCUUCAAGGAAAUCGUGAGGAAUUACUGUAUAGAAGUUAGACAACUUGGGUAUAGAUUACAGGAACUAAUAGCAGAGAGCUUAGGGUUGGAGAAAGAUUACAUAAAAGAUGUGUUGGGAGAACAAGGACAGCAUAUGGCUGUUAACUUUUACCCACCAUGUCCAGAACCAGAGCUCACAUAUGGUUUGCCAGGACAUACUGACCCCAAUGCCCUCACAAUUCUUCUCCAAGACCUUCAAGUAUCUGGUCUUCAAGUCCUCAAGGAUGGCAAAUGGGUUGCUGUAAAACCCCACCCCAAUGCUUUUGUCAUCAACAUUGGUGAUCAAUUACAGGCGCUAAGCAAUGGGAUUUAUAAGAGUGUGUGGCACAGAGCCAUUACUAAUGUUGAUAAGCCAAGGCUAUCAGUGGCUUCUUUCCUCUGUCCUUCCGAUGACGCCUUGAUCAGCCCGCCAAAACCUCUAACUGAAGAUGGAUCUGCAGCUGUUUAUAGGGAUUUUACAUAUACAGAGUACUACAAGAAGUUUUGGAGCAGGAACUUGGACGAAGAGCAUUGUUUGGAACUUUUCAAGAACCAAUAGGCCUCUUUCCUCACGUGUGUGUAUUUAUGUAUAUAUUAGGGGAAUGUUCAGUGUACCAAGAUUUUUGACAAGUGAAUUUGAAAAAUCAUCUUGGCCAUUGAAAUGUCAUCAUGCAAUUGUGCAUAAAAGAUUGGAACUUAGAAAUAGUCAAAGAAAAUGAGAUGUAAACUUCCAAUCUAUUAUGCAACAUUGGGUGAGACCAUUUUAAUGAUCAAGAUAAUUUAUCAAAUCCACUUGUCAAACAUCUUGGUACAGGAACCGACCCCAUAAAUAUAUAUACACACGCACACAUACACACACAAUUUUUGAGGUCUUUAGCUACAAUUCCUAUGUGUUUUACUUCGUGGUUAUCACCAUUUUCCAUCAUGGCUCAUAAUUACUUAUGGGUACAAUGCUGUGAUCUUGCCACGGAGUGUUCUAGGCAGCUGAUGCUUUCUUUAUUUCAACUUAUGACUCUCCUCAGCUUGGUUGUUGCAGCUAGCUAUUACGAUUUGUAACCAUUUUUCUAAUUUUGUAAUCCAUGUUCUGAACCUUUUUUAGUUUCGUUGGCUCUGAUUCAUGGACUUAUGCGGAAGAUUUGGACUUCCUCCCCUCAUGUAGUGAUAUAUGAGACAAUGCUACUCCUUGUUCAUAAUAAUGGUAAUAUUGUAUGAAACAGAACCUUUAAUUCUGUCCAUUUUAA